AUAUCAAUUGAUUAAUGGGAGAGUUAGGUCUAGAAGAGCAAAUUAACGCCUGAUUCUGGCAACAAUAAGUUCAUUCCUGACUGCCUUCGCCGGAUUUGGGAGCUUGAACCUGUAGAAAGUACAAACUGUUUUUCCCUAUUCGGCGGACGCCCCUCGCAGACAAACGAAGUGGAGCAUGAUGGAGGAAGGGACGAAGCUAAGCAUUUAUAGGGCAGCGAGAACCAUAAAGCGAAGAGAUAAUACUCUCUACAAUGCGUUGAGAUCGAUAUACGAGGACUCCAUUUUUGUGGGUGAGAUCAAUCAGUUAUGGCCCGACCUCCCUCUUCUCGCCAACCUUCGCUGCGGUCUCUGGUACUCCCCCAGAUUCCACUCCACCUGUUACUUCAAGUCCACCGAUGGCCACACCAAUAACUGGUCCUUCAACACAUCUCGCCUCAAUCUCCAUGUUGCUCAGCUUGCUGGACAGAAGGGAGGUUGUUUCAUUGUUGAUUCCACCCGAAGAGGAAAGAGGUUUCCAGAUAGCAUGUCGAAAACAAUACCUAUAUGGACAUGUGUUUUGAAUCGAGCGAUCAGGGAUUUCAGGAAGAAACUUCACGAUAAAGAUGCUUCAACCAAUGGGGUAAAUAUGUCCCUUGACUGGGACUGUUCCUUGCAUCUUCCUCUGUGGGUUUCCGAAACUGAGACUUCCAUUGAGGAGCGCCUUGAAGAAUGGACUGAAAGGUUGAAAGAAAGUGGAGCUGAUAUUGCUUCUCUUUCAGCAUGCUUGAAGAAGCCCUUGCGUCCUCUGUGGAUUUCACAAAGAACUCUCAUCUGGAUAAAUGAAGUGCCCGACCAUGAUUCUUGGGAUUUUACACCCAUCAUACUAGUGUCCGCAUCUUCCUCAACUGGCAUAAGUCAGCAUAGGACUACCUCUGAGUUUAGCUGGAGUUACAUACCAGGCGCUGGGGAUGAUGAAGAAAGUUGGGCAAGGGGUUUAUCUCCUAAUCUUUUUUGGAAUCAUGUCUACGAUAUUAUAAACUCUGGUCCUGAUGUGUGUAAUCAGAAAGUUGCAGAUAUAGUUGAAAAGAGCAGAGUAUACCGUUCUUACAGAGGAGAGAAUGCCCCACAGAUCACAGUCAAGUCUCUUAAACCAUCUUCUCUAUCGCAUGAUGAAUUGUCUGCAUCUUCUGAUAUUUCAAACAUGAACUUUGACAUGUUGAGGUCUCCUGAUGAAGAUUCUGUAAUAUCUUGGCUGGGUUCAACAAAUCUUUCUGUUGGACCUUCUCAAUGUGCUGCAGAAGUGCCUGAUGUUGAUUGCAUAUUGAAUUGUGAUCAUGAGUCCAUCUCUGUCCCUCUUCGCAGUGAAGAAGCUUAUCUGCAUCUUCCCAUUCUUACUUCAAAAUGUGAUCGCUUUUCCUUGUUAAACAAUCUUCCUUCUGCGGUGAGCUUUGCAAAGUCGAAUCUAAGUGAAGGGAAGCGACUUCUGGUUUGCUGUUCUAACGGGGAAGAUAUUUGUGUAUGCGUUUGUCUAGCAAUUUUUACCUCGUUAUUCAAUGAGAGAGGUAAGUAUGAUGGUGGAAAGUCCUUCAGCGAGACCCGUAUCACCAAAUUGGAGAUGAGGCGGCGACUUGUAUAUAUCUGCAAGUUUGUGACAAAUGCAAGACCUUCCAGGGGCAAUUUGAGGCAGGUUUUCAAUUUUCUUGUCGGUCUCACUUCUCCUCAGCAAACAUCAAAUGACUAAUUAGCCAUUCCUUUUUCAAAGCUUAGUUUUACCUUGAGGAUAGAGAUCUACGUUACGUUAUGUAAAACUAGAUUUUGGGCUCCAUGCAAAUUGCAUGGAGUCUCAAACUAGAAUAGGCAGAAUAAUUUAAACUAUAAUUUGUUAUUACGUACAAUUUGUCAUUCAUGCAUUCUUGUUCAUGUUGUAUUACUUAUUAAAUAUGGUUGCAGGUUAAAAAAAAUAUUAUUUCAGUCGCA